CUUGUCACUUUGACGUUUAGCUCAAUCCAGCAGAGCACAGUGAAUACGUUGUUUCCAUUUUAAAAGUAAUAAGAAAUCGAAGAAUUAACAAAUCUUAUCAGUAAAGUGAUAAAAAAUAUUAAACAACUCAUUUGGAGCUGUUAGCGAUACGACCGUAGCUUGUUUUAUUCAGUCUCUCUCAUACUUGUGACGACUCGUGACUUGUUGGUCCAGUUCGAGAAAUUAGGGAUAAUUUAUUACCUUUAUUAAAAACAGAAACAAACCAUGGACAAACUGAAGAACAACUGGUUCACAGAAACAUGUGAGAUGUGGCCUGGUGGCACCUUCUCCAUUGAAGUCAAGGAGGUUUUACACUCAGAAAAGUCUCAAUACCAAGACAUACAUGUAUUUGACACUACUAGCUUUGGCAAAGUUUUGGUCCUUGAUGGUAUCAUUCAGUGCACUGAGAAGGAUGAAUUUUCAUAUCAGGAAAUGAUCUCUUUCCUGCCCCUAUGUUGUCACAAAAACCCUGAAAAAGUGCUGAUUGUUGGCGGCGGUGAUGGUGGAGUGGCUCGUGAAGUAGCCAAACAUCCCAAAGUUAAAGAAAUUGUACAGGUAGAAAUCGACGAGAAAGUCAUCGAAGUAUCAAAAAAGUAUCUCCCAUUCAUGGCUGUUGGUUUCGAAAGCCCCAAGCUGACACUCCACGUUGGUGAUGGCUUUGAGUUCAUGAAGAACCACAGCCAGGAGUUUGACGUCAUCAUCACCGACAGUAGCGACCCUGUCGGACCAGCCAUCAGCCUGUUCCAAGAAAACUACUUCGCGCUUAUGAAGAGCGCGCUCAAACCCCACGGUAUUGUAUGCUCUCAAGCCGGCACCGUAUGGAAUGAUCUAGAACUAGUCUCGAAUACAUUGAACAUUUGUAGGAAUCAGUUCCCUAGCGCCGCGUACGCGUACGCCUCAGUUCCUACGUACCCAUCCGGACAGAUAGGAUUCGUCAUCGGAUCGUUAGACAAAGAUGUCGCCUUCGAUAAGCCCCAACUCGUCUUUUCUGAAGAAGACGUUAAAGCUAUGAAGUUAAGAUACUACAGUACUGAUGUCCAUAAAGCCGCAUUUGUACUCCCUACAUUCGUAAAACAACAUUUAGGUUGAUAUAUUUUUUUAUGAAUAAUUGUACUUAAAUGUGCAUUUAUGUUAGUUUGUAAGCAACUUAUCGAUAAGUGGGCAGGGGGCAUAUCGAAUCAACAAAUCGUCCGUUAGUUAAAUUUUAAAUUGGUAGCUGGUAUUUAACUCCUGACUUAUUGUUGGUUAGUUGAUGGUUGUUAAAUCUAUUUUAUAAAAUAUGCAAAACGUAGCAUUAUUUAUCUCCACUAAAUUAUAAUAUCUAUAAUUAGAAAUAAAUUCCACUUAUAAAGAUUUCGUUAUUGUAUGUCUCACGAUAUGUACCUAAUUUUAUAUUGUAAUUUGACUGUAAUUUAAAACCACCUGAACAUAGAAUAGCUAUUGUCUCAUUUGUCAAGUCUGCAAUUUUUUAAACUCGAAUUACCUUUUACGUCGAUAUUAAAAUGGCUAUUAAGCAUAAUGUACUAAUAACACAAAUAUCUGACUCAGCGGCCUUAUGAAUAUGAUAUUUUUACUACUGUUAUUACACUGAAAAUUAUAUUAGUAUUUAAGUGUUAUUUGCCUAUAAAUAUAGAUUAUUUACAUACACAUAAUACUCGGCUCGAACUGAAACUAUCAUUCCGUUACAUUCCUUAUGAAUAAAGAAGUAUUUAUUUAUAACAUUUUCUAGUCCUAGUAUUAUAUGAGGUAACUUAUACUUGUAUACGUUGGCUAGACUUGGACCAUGUUAGUGUUAUGACCAAUGACUAGUGAAUGAAAAAUCCGAUGUUGACGGGAUGUGUGCAUGAUAUUUGUCAAUGAAUAAUUUCAAUAAACUACAUUUCACUGAAUGUACUCAUUUAUCAUAGCAUUCCAUACAAACUUGCUCAUAUAGCAAUGUGAUACUGAUAAUUAAAUAAAGAAAUCGUCAUAAAUAUUUUUGUACAAUGUUUUUGUAUAUUUUUUAUAAAUGUUAAAUCAGGGACAAUAAAAUGUAUUUUUUAUAAAAA